AUGUACAGUAACGACGAGUUUGAACAGUUUGCGAGAGAGGUUCAAAAUAAAGAGGAUAUUGAGGACAAUUUGACUGAAAUUAGUGAUAUUCCACCUGAUGACGAAGACGUAAUAAUGACGGGGCAACAAAGAGAUGUUGAUUUUGAGAAAAUCUCAGAAGGACAACGCGUGACGUUUCUUCUACAACAAAUAAUCGAGGAAAACCGACGACGACCAGCAGCAGCAGUAGCAGUCCCUACGGACAGUUCAAGUUAUUCACCUGACGUGACGAAAAAUAUUCCGAAUUUCGAUGGAGAGAGUGAUUCAGUUUCAGCCAGAGAUUGGCUCAAGUUGAUAAACAGCAAACGAGUUGUCAACAAUUGGCAGGACAACCACACGCUAGAGGCUGCACGAUCUUAUCUUGUUGGAGGAGCAAACCGUUGGCUGGAGAUUAAAUUGACAGAGCUGACGACGUGGCAAUUGUUCGAGGCAGCAUUCAAAAAAACAUUCAUCCCUCAAGAGACACUGACUGUUUCCGUAUCAUUAUUGAGUGUUAAUAUUAAGGACGCUGACACUUUGCUUCAUGAAAUUUUGAGGUUAGAACGAGAGAUCAAGGAUCGCAAGGAGAUUAUCAAGAGUUCAAAGGCCACUGAAUCGAGUAAGAAACUUGAUGCACGUAAAUCUACUGCGAGUGGACGAACAUCGAGCAGAACAUCAGAGUCUGGAACGAAGCCGACGAUUUGUAACAAAUGUGGUGGUGAGGAUCACACUUCCAAAACGUGCAAAGAGAAUUCCACCAAAUAUAAAUCAGCUGACGUGAAUCAAGUGCAGAGCAAUCACCGAGGAAAUAUCCAGAAGUACAUUAAAACUGUAAAGGUCAAUGACACGGACAUGCAGGCAGGACAUGCAGAGCCUUUGGUGCUGCAAGCCUGGGGAUCUUCAGAGUUCAAGAGAACAUCACCUGGAUGGAUCAAGACUUCCCUGAGAGUUGAUGAAGUGAGUGCUGAGGACGUUAUCUUCAGAGUUGUUCCUGAUGAUACUCAGCCAACUGAUGUGAUGAUUGGGCGUACAUUCACUGAGUUACCUCAUCAAUGCCUGAGAUUUUUUGACAAAAGAGACCGAGUGUUCGAAGAUCUUAAGCUCAACGAGAUAACUAGGGAUUCAGUAAGGAUUGCUGAACCUAUUGAGAUGGCACCUGAGAGUAUGAAUUUCAUUAUGGUAGAGAGGAACCAGAGUGAGUUCAUAGUGCCGGUGAUGAAUGUCACCAAAGAGUCUAUCACACUAGAGGAAAACACUGAGAUCGAGUUGAAGUUAAUCGAACUUCCACGAACGCCUAAACGAGGAACAUCAGUUAUUACACGUGAGGAUAUCAACAUUGGGGAGGAUCAACCUGAGGAAGUGGUGAAAGAGCUGCUUGAACUUUUAAAUGUCUAUCGAAACUGUACCGCAGAGUUAUUUAUGGAGUUUAAGGAGUAUCCUGAGAGCAAGCCUGUACAAGCCAAACUGUAUCCAGCGAGCGAGAAGGAGAAAGCAGAGCUACGGAAGAUCAUCGAUGAUUGGAGACGAAUUGGAGUUGUCCAAGACACUAAUUCAGAGUAUGCGAGUCCAGCAUUUUUGAUAAACAAGAGAACUGGAGGCUACAGGGCUUUAGUCGAUUUUCGUCGAUUGAAUAAACAGACGGUGAAGCUAAAAUUUCCUAUGCUGGGAAUUGAUGAUCAUAUGGAGUUGUUAGCGGAAUCGAAGUUGUAUAUCGUCCUGGAUCUAGCUCAAGGGAAAGACUGGACUGACUUGAAGGAGAGAUUCAUUUUAGUUCUAGAGGCCUUGAGGAGAGCUGGAUUGACGAUCAAUCUCAAGAAAUGCCAAUUCUUACAAGAUCGAGUGGAGUAUCUGGGAUUCAACAUUUUACAAUGGGGAAUUGAGCCAGGCCGCAGGAAGGUGAAAGCUAUUGAGGAGUUUCCACAAUCGAGUAAUGUUCACGAGGUUAGGAGAUCCUUGGGUCUAGCUGGAUUUUUCCGACGAUUUGUAAUCAAAUUCGCAGAACGUGCUUCUCCCAUGUCAUCAUUGCUGAAGGCUAAUCACUUGAAGAGAGCACUAACGAGUAAACCUGUACUCCAACUGUUUGAUCCAAAUCGAAGCAUUGAGCUGCAUACAGAUGCAAGUGCAGAAGGACUUGCCGCAAUGCUACUUCAACCUGGAGAAGAUGAGCUACUUCGUCUGAUUGAGCAUCGCCCUGGGUCCAAGCUGCAGCAUGUUGAUGCCUUGAGUAGAGCACCAACAGAAGAAGCAGAGAGUGCUGAGGAUUAUCUAGAUCGAGUCAAUGUGUUCUCAGUCCUGAAUGAGGAAGAUGAAGUACUCAUUUAUCAAUCCAAGGAUGAAGAGUUGAGCAGGCAGAUUAAAUUACUCCGAGAUGCUACGAGCAGAGAGCUGACAGCGUACGAGAAGAAUGAAGUACAAGAUUAUGAGCUCCAAGGAGGUAUCCUUUUCAAGAACGUCAAGGGAAAGUUGAAGUACGUCGUACCCAGAGCAAUGAGGAAAUCUAUGGCUAUCAGAUUUCACAACCUUCAAGGACACUUUGAAUUGGAUCGCAUUCUUGCUAAGCUGAACAACUACUAUUAUUUUCCAGGAAUGAAAAAAUAUUUGAGGCAACACAUUGGAGCGUGUCUUCAUUGCAUUCUAACGAAGAGUACGACUGGAAAGCAGCCAGGUGAGCUACACCUAAUACUACCAGGUAGUAAACCUUUUGAUGCUAUCCACGUUGAUCAUCUGGGACCUUUCAUCACGAGUAGCAGAGGGAAUACCCACCUACUCGUUGUAAUUGAUAACCUGACUAAAUCUGUUUGGAUGGUACCAGUGAAGAAUACUAAGGCUAAUACUACUGUUCGACAAAUGGAGGAGUUGGUGAUGAAUUUUGGAGCACCGGGACGUGUUGUUUCUGACAGGAGUACAUGUUUUACCUCGGAGAAGUUUGCUAAAUUUUGUCGAAGACACGGGAUUUCACAUACCCUGACUUCACCGAGAUAUGCACAGGUGAAUGGCCAAGUGGAGCGAGUGAACCGCACCUUGUUACCUGUGAUUUGUGCAAUACUGCAUCCUGAGAAGGAAGUGAACAAAACAACUGGGAAGACACCUUUUGAGCUUUUGUACGGUUAUAUUCCACGUUUUGAGGAGGGACCUCUACGACAACUCACAAAAGCUGAAGAAGCAGCAAGGUAUGAACAUCCUGAGGAGAUUCGCAACCAAGCAAUUCGACGAAUCCUGAGUGAACAAGCGUCCAUGAAGACUCGACACGACAGUCGUCAUCGAGUCAAUGUACAGUUUGAGGUUGGAGAUGUUCUUUUCAUGCAAACUUUCCCUCAAGCUACAGGUCAAUCUACGAAACUCCAUCCUAAAUACAGAGGACCGUUGGUGGUGAAUAAAGUAUCACCACAUGAUACGUAUGCAGUUGCUGAUCUUCGAGUAGACGAGUCAGGUCGACGCUACGCCACAACUGCUCAUGUGAGUCAACUGAAAUUAUGGAGACCCUCUCAAGAUCUAGAGGACGAAGAUGAGAGUAACGAUUGGGAGUCAGUCAAGCCAAUAUCGACUCCAGCUGAUGAUGAGAAUGCUGAAGAUGGACUGGAGGCAUCAGAAGAGGUUCGCGAUAGAUACGAAGAGGAACGAAGUACUAAACAGGGUCAGAAGACAGCAGAAGAUGAAUAUACAGGUAGAUCAAGAAGAAUAAGAAAGAAACCGAAGCAUUUUGAUUAUUUUGUUGUUUAA